CGGCCCGCACGGCGCCACUCGCCAGUCGCAGUCGGCAGCACGCGGCGUGAGCGCUCGCCCUCCGACCUCCGUACGCGACCCACCAAACUUUCCCACUACUUCCAGAACCACUUUUAAACUUCUCCUCCACCAUUCCCCCUCAAUUCCAACAUGAGGCCUAUAUACUUUUUUAAGUUUUUACUACUUUUCAACUUCUCAACUUUAAGUUUUGCCCAAUCCGUACCUUGUCCCCCGAAAUGCAAGUGCGUCCGGAACAACGUGCGCUGCCUCCAGCAAGACCUGGUCGCCGUCCCGAGGGUGCCCAGCGACACUCACGCGCUGGACGUGCGUUUUAAUAAGAUCUUGGAUAUAAGCCCCGGGACGUUCACUUCGCUGCGGGGCCUGCGGUCCCUGCUGCUGAACGACAACCAGCUCACAGGGCUGCACUCUGGCGUGUUCCAAGGUCUCCGGCGGCUCAAGUACCUCUACCUGUACCGUAACCGCAUUAGGCACAUCGACCCCGACGUCUUCAAAGGCAUGCCGCACUUGGAGCAACUAUAUUUACAUGUCAAUGAAAUUCAUGAGAUCGCACCGGAUACGUUUUCGAACAUGCCACGAUUGGAAAGAUUGUAUCUGCACAACAACCAGCUGAAGACAAUCCCGGUUGGCGCGUUCGCCGGUAUGCCCAAACUCCACAAACUGCGCCUGGACAGCAACGCUCUGAUCUGCGACUGUUCUAUGGUGUGGUUCGUGAAGAUGCUCUCAGAACACAGCGACAUGAACAUCCUGGCGACGUGCUACGGACCUGACUAUGCCACCGGCGCAUCAUUGUCCACUAUGAAAGUUGAGGACUUCCACUGCAAACUCCCUGAAAUUCGAACUGAUCCAGAGGAUGUAAUUGUGGACUUUGGUGACAAUGCAGUCUUCAAAUGUGUGGCCAGCGGCGACCCAACACCUGAAAUCGUUUGGUUCCGUGACUCUGUGGCUCUACCUGUGAAUGCACCCCGAUACGAAUUAAUGGACAAUGGAACUCUGAAAGUCCACGGAAUUGACGAAAAAGAUGUCGGCAUUUUUGAAUGCAUGGCCAAAAAUGCUAACGGAGAAGCCCGAUCGAAACCAGCUCGUAUGACCAUCCAGCCCAAAGCCAAUGAACCGUAUUUUACAGCUUUACCUAAUGAGAGACUCGUCAAACUUCGAGAGCCGUUUGUAAGCUUUGAUUGCAUGGCAGCUGGUGAACCUUCUCCUCAUGUUUAUUGGCUAUUUGACAACGACCGAUUGCUACUAAGUGAGCGUUUAACAAUUGAAAAGAAUGGUACUAUAUUAAUUCACAAUAUACAAAUGGAAGACGCAGGAACGUACACCUGUAUUGCUGAAAACAUCAAUGGAAGAAUUGCGACUUCUGCUGUUCUUCAAAUUAUGACUACACCUGCGUUUAUUACGGUACCUAAAGAUGUCCAAGCAGUUGUCGGAGAUAGCGUGAAUUUUACCUGCAAGGCACGAGGACACCCUAAACCAAAUAUCACCUGGUACAGAAACACUUUAGAUUUGGAAGCAAGUCCAAAUAUACUUUUGACCAAUGACAACGAAACCCUAACUAUUCUUGAAGUAACAAAUGACGACGGUGGUAUUUAUCACUGCCGAGCCGAAAAUGCCGAAGGACUCACCGAAAUAUCGGCUAUCCUUAAGAUAGAGGAAUUUAAAGUUAUUCCUCCACGUAUUCUUCUAAAACCUGAAGAUGGCGAUGCAUUUAAGGGCACGGCAGUGCAAAUGCCAUGUGAGAUUGAAAGCGAACCACCUGCAACAAUCGAAUGGAGUAAAGAUGGUUCACGAUUAACUCUGGAUGAUCGAAUCUCAAUCACAUUAAUUGGAAGUUUGAUUAUUAAAAAUCUCUCUGUAUCCGAUACCGGUCGGUAUGAAUGUCAUGCUUUUAAUGAAUAUGGACAUGAUACUGCUUCUGUGUUUUUGACUGUUAAAAACCACAUACUUCCUGGGGAUGAGUAUGUUAACAUCGCUAUAACUCAAGCAACCAGAGAGGUUGAUCAGGCCAUUGCUAGAACUGUAGAUGAGAUAUUUACCAAGAAAACUUCUGUCUCAACCAUAAGUGACUUGUAUAGAAUCACUAGAUUCCCUAAUGCACCCGAAAGAGAAAUAGCUCGCGCUGCAGAAAUAUAUGAGAGAACUCUUGACAAAGUAAAAGGAUAUAUAGAAGUCGGUCUUUCAGUUACUUCGGCAGAUCCAUUUCAUUAUGAAAAUGUAUUAUCCGGUGAUCACCUAGAGAUAAUAGCGCGUUUAUCUGGAUGUGUAGCACAUAGAGAGAAACGAGACUGUUCUGAUAUGUGCUUCCAUAGUAAAUAUCGCAGUAUCGAUGGAGGUUGUAACAAUUUUGCGAAUCCAAUGUGGGGAGCCUCAUUGACUGGAUUCCGAAGAAUUCUGUUUCCUAUCUAUGAAAAUGGAUUCAGCCAGCCCGUUGGAUGGAAUAAGGACAGAAAAUAUAACGGAUUUACUCUUCCAGUGGCUCGAUUAAUAUCCACCGAAAUAAUUACCACGACUGAAAUUUCACAAGAUGUUGAAGUAUCCCAUAUGGUGAUGCAGUGGGGACAAUGGCUGGAUCACGAUCUUGAUCAUGCUUUACCGUCAGUGAGUUCACAGACGUGGGACGGCGUUGAUUGCAAAAAAACUUGCGACUACGCAGCUCCAUGCUUCCCAAUCGAUGUUCCACCCAAUGAUCCCAGAAUCAGCAAUCGGCGAUGCAUUGAUUUUAUUAGAACAAGUGCGGUUUGCGGAUCUGGGGCGACUUCAGUACUCUUUGGACGACUCCAGCCUCGAGAACAAAUCAACCAAUUGACUUCGUUUAUCGACGCAUCUCAGGUUUAUGGAUUUGAAAUAAGUGUUGCUGAAGAUCUGCGUGACUUAACAAAUGACAAUGGAUUACUCCGCGUGGGUGCUACUUUUCCCGGAAAGAAGCCACUUUUACCUACUAUUGGUAUCAAUGCUAUGGAUUGUAGACGGAACCUCGAAGAAAGUAACCGUAACUGUUUUGUUGCUGGUGAUAUUCGAGCUAAUGAACAGAUUGGUCUAGCUGCUAUGCAUACUAUUUGGAUGCGAGAACAUAACCGAAUCGCUAGUCAGCUUAAGGCCCUCAAUCCGUUCUGGGAUGGCGAUAAAGUGUACCAUGAAGCACGAAAAGUAAUCGGUGCUCAAAUCCAACAUAUAACUUACACGCAUUGGCUACCCAUCAUUCUCGGUCCGGAUGGGUAUGAACAGUUAGGGUCUUAUAACGGUUAUGAUUCUGACGUUAAUCCUUCGAUUUCUAACGUAUUUGCUACAGCUGCACUAAGAUUUGGCCAUACUAUGAUCAAUCCUAUUCUGCACCGCUUAGAUGAAAACUUCGAAACUAUUCCUCAAGGUAACCUAAAACUGCGCGAUGCAUUUUUCUCCCCCUGGCGUCUAGUUGAUGAGGGUGGCGUUGACCCAUUACUACGUGGAAUGUUUAUGACUCCCGCCAAGCUUAAAACACCAACCCAAAAUCUGAAUUCUGAACUCACUGAGAAACUCUUCUAUGCUACUCAUGCUGUUGCUCUUGAUUUGGCUGCGAUUAACAUUCAAAGAGGCCGGGACCACGCUAUUCCCCCGUAUACGAAGUGGCGACAGUUCUGCAACAUGACCGAAGUAGAAUCUUUCGACGAUUUGGCAACGGAAAUUCCGGAUAAGGGCAUUCGUGAUAAACUCCAGAAAUUGUAUGGAUCGGUGCACAAUAUCGAUGUUUGGGUCGGAGGGGUCCUCGAGGAGCAAGUUGAAGGUGGUAAAGUUGGCCCACUGUUUAAAUGCCUGCUCUUGGAACAGUUCCAACGCUCGCGAGAUGGUGACCGAUUGUGGUACGAAAACCCUGCUAUGUUCAAACCUGACCAGCUGAAAGAGAUCAAGAAAACGAGUCUCGCGCGUAUUUUGUGUGACAAUGGCGACAAUAUCGACACUAUCGCAGAAAAUGUAUUUUUGCUUCCGGAAUUACAAGAUGGACUUAUUUCAUGCGAUGACCUGCCGGCAAUGGAUCUUCGAUUCUGGGUAGAUUGCGAAACGUGUGCUGAGAAUGAAAUUGAAAGGAAUAAACGCCGCGCACGUAGAGAUCUUGACAUCUUAGGAGGCGAAGAGGCUAGCACCGACUAUACUGACGAACGCGUAGACAAAUUGGAAUCCUCUCAGUACGACCUCGCAGCCACCCUGGACUCUCUUAAGAAGCGCAUUGAAUACCUGGAAGAAACUUGCAAACGGGAUUAGAAGUUCAAUUUAAAGUGCCACGAUGGCAGAUUGAAUAAUUCUACUAAUGCAAACCAUUCAUGCAUGCAUAAUGGAUGUAACAUUAUGUACCUACUAAAUAGCACUUUUUGAAAAUCUAGAUGUCUAUGUUAAUCAAUUACUUAAUCAAUAGGAAUGUAAGAUUUUAUUAUAAUUAUAAGGAAGUUAUCUUUAGAUUAAGUCAUAAUAUGCCAUAAUUAUUGAUUCCCUUUUGUACUUAGUAUUUCUUUUCUAUAAUUGUAAGUAUCUACAAGGCCCUUUCACAAUAAAUAAUCCUGCAAUCCUGAACCAUCAUUAUCUACUCCUAUAUGUUUUAUUAUAAGUUAUGUCAUCUUUCUAUUUCAACACAAUUGAUUCCAUAUAAAAUAUAAGUAUGUAGUCACAUAAUUUAAGCGAUGUAGGUGAAGUAGAAACAAAUUAAUCUAGUCUAAUAAAAUAGUUAAUUAAAGUAAGUGUUAAAGGUGUAGUUGAUUCUAAUUCUAACUUAGAUGUAAUAAUCUAUUAAGUGAUGGUGAAGUGAGGUUGAUAUGCUGCUGAUGAUGACGAUGUGAUGGAUCCGAUAUGCAGAACUUUAUGGAUGGACCACUUAACUAUGGAUAUAAAUUAACAUGGACAUUUGAAUGCAAACUAAAUAUGUACAUUGUACUCUUUAGCUGUUAUUUGGGGCACGUCAUAUUGUGCUAUUAUCAUCUAGGUGACAUAAGAUUUUUGUCCGUAGAAAAUAGAAUUUUGAUGAUAUUCUCUGUGUUCACAUGUAAAGGUGGUAAGUAUGUCUGUGGUCAAAUUCAUUUUUGCAAGAAUGUAAGUAUCUAACAUCUUUGACGAUUGUGUUUACAGUACUGUGUUGAUAUGAUAUUAUGCCAUGCAACACAGUUUGACCAGUGACAUACAUACCAAAUAUUAAGCCGGUUGAAGUUUCAAUUUUAUGGUAUUCUUUUGAUUGUAAGAUGCCUGUAGAAUUUCAAUUUUAAUCGUAUUCUAGUUCUAGGUAUAAGUAAUAGAUUGACGAUGUGGGAUUUUUUUUGUGACAUUAUAAGUGUUACACAGAUCUAAGGGCUAGGUACUUGUAGUAACGUUUAUAAAUCAAAUUAAAUCUUCAAUAAGUUCAAAAUAUCAGUCUGUUUCAAACGACUUCAUAUUUUUAUGAAGAUUAAAGUUGAUUUAAGAACGUUACUGCGAGUGACUCUACCACGUUACCACAAAAAGUUAAACGCGCGUUGAUCACUAGUUAAUGGGAAUGACAUUCUAAACAGGUGUUCAACGCGUGAUUAUUUUUUUUUUGAUAGGUAUUAGUAGGCACUAGUUUAAUAUUUCAAUUAUUAUACAUUCUCAGUGCUUAUUAGAAUUAUAAUAAUAUCGACAUAUAAAUUACAAUUUUAUCGACAUUCUGUGUAUUUUAUGAAGUUAUAAAUGUUGUAAGACGACGUGAGUGAAUUCAAUUAUAUCUAAUGGUUUCUACUGACCUUACUCAUAAAAAUUAACUGCGCUUUUAAUUAUGAGUAUGACACCGUUUUAGAUAAAUGAUUACUUGUCUAUCAACGAUGAAAGAUCAAACUUAAAUGUUCAUUCAUGUGUUUUAAUUUUUAUGAAUAAGGAAGUAGGUAUUUUUUAUGAAUAUUUACAAUUAUUUUCCUUAGGCCUUUUAUACACUGCGAGUUUUUGCAGCGAUACCGUGCGACUGCUGCAUCGUAGCAUUACUGCAAAAUGUCGCAGUGUACCUUUAUAGGACCUCAAGGUGCGUGCACAUAACGGUUUUUUCAAGCGCUGAACGUUUCAUGCAUCGGAAUAUUGUGUACGUUUUGUUAUGAAGCAAAAUAAUCGCAAUUAAGUAAGUUUAGCAAGCACGGUCAGGUUUGAGGUCAGGUCAAGUUGAGCAGCUCGUAAACCGUGUCUACGGCGCCUGAAAAAAUCUUGGCGUUCACGCAACCGAUCGAUGUCUGUAGGAUUUCAAUUUCAAUAUCAUUAUUCUCGGUGUUUAAAUAUUCUAAGUGUUGUAACCAGGAUAUUUGUGGACGUUUCAAUUUUAAUACUUUCAUCCCCUGAUUCAUACAAAAUGUAACAGUUUCAUAACGCAGUUAUAACUAAAACGACAGUGUUUAAGAGUGUCUGUUUUCAUCGCAGCGAAAUCGGAGUGUUUCAUGGCAUUUAAUAGCGAAAACUGCAUUAUGGAACUGUUUUAAAGUUGUUUGAAUAAGGGGAUGAGUGCUUGGCCAGACUGGGAGCUAACGGCACGCGUACUUAUUCCGGCUACUGUAUGAACGAACCUUUGUAGCGCUACGUUACUUAUUCACCUGUUGCUAUUGCCGUCAAAUAGGCCGCUCGUACCACACGCUACAGAUUUCACGUUUGGCCACCAAGUAUAGAAAAUCUACUGCAAAAUGCUGUUUACGUAGUUUCGGGGUGUUUCGAAUCUGUCACGGUCGCACAUGCGGGCAUCUUGCUUUACCGGAGAAGGCUGGCAACAAUCGAAACUUCGGAUAACGUUUUUCGAAGUAACUCCGCGGAUAAAAGACGACUUACGUUCCAGUUGGUUGAAUUUCGCGCCAGCAUUUCCAGUCUGGCCAGGCAUUAUUUGCAAAAGUUCUAAGUAAGUGUUGUAAAAUCGAUGUCUGUAGAAGUUUUACUGGUGUUCUCAGUGUUCACAUAUCUUGAUGUAUUGUCGUUGUAAGAUCUGUUAUUCCAUAUUGAUUUGUAAUUGAUCCGAUACAUGUUAAAAAGGCUUUGGUACAGGCACCCAAGUAGGUAAGCAGUGAAUUUCCUGAAUACUUAAAUGGCAUUAAUUACUUAGAAAAGAUGGAUCACGUCUUAUUGAUAUGGAGCGAUUAAAUUGUUUUAAUAAUUUAUAAUGAAGAAUUUUCUAACGUUUGGCAUUUCAACUUACAUUUCAAUUUAGACUUAUACCAACUUAUACUAUUUUUAAGUGAAUUCAUUCUAAUAUUGUUUAAAGUCUAUUUAUAAUACUCGUAUUGUAUGUUAUGUUCUAAUUCUAUUAUCUUACUUUGCGCACUAAGCAUUUUAUGAAUGUUUGUGAACCAUUUUUACGCGCAGAUUCGGCAAUAUUUUCAUGAUUUUUCACAAAAUUAAAUAUACACAUUAAACAAAUAAGACUCCCCAUAGAUUGAUUGAUUACAAUAAUAAUUUGAUAUCAUGAUUGUAGGACAAAUUAAGAGUUUUGGCUUUAAAAAUAAACAACAUUUUGGUUUUCCAAAAAACAUUUAUGUAAAAAUUGAUAAGUCCCAAAUCCUAUUACUCAUAGUACAUCCUUAACAAAACAUUUUAACUGGAAACCAAAUUCAUUUUCA